UCUUCACGAUGCAUCCAGUUUCACUUGAGCAAGCCAGCUGACGGUCGCACGCGCAAUGCUCCGGUUCCGCUGAAUCUCUCUGAUAGUCUCUGAUGAUCUCCCCUCAGAUGAACAUGAGUCGGAGCGAGCAUUCAUUGCAGGCUCUGUCCUGGAGAAAGCUUUAUCUGAGCAGAGCCAAACUCAAAGCGUCCAGUCGCACGUCUGCUCUUUUAUCCGGUUUCGCAAUGGUGGCCAUGGUGGAAGUACAACUUGACAGCAAUCACGACUAUCCACCAGGACUGCUCAUCGCUUUCAGCGCUUGCACCACUGUGUUGGUGGCCGUCCACCUGUUCGCCCUCAUGGUGAGCACCUGUAUCCUCCCGAACAUCGAAGCGGUCAGCAACGUGCACAACCUCAACUCGGUGAAGGAGUCUCCUCAUGAGAGAAUGCAUCGCCACAUCGAGCUGGCCUGGGCUUUUUCCACAGUCAUUGGGACGUUGCUCUUCCUGGCCGAGGUGGUCCUGCUGUGCUGGGUCAAGUUUUUGCCCAUUAAGCCGAAAGACCAGAAAAAUGGUACUAUAUCCGCCGGGGUGGCCGCUGCGAUCACGUCUACCUCCAUCAUGGUGCCUUUCGGCUUUAUUUUUAUCGUCUUCGCUGUGCAUUUCUACCGCUCGCUGGUCAGCCACAAGACCGACAGGCAGUUUCAAGAGUUAGAAGAGUUGGAGGACUUACAGAACGAACUGGACCAUAGAGGGGAGGCGUCGACCUUACAGUCUCCCAGUUCCCUUUACCCCUAGUUUUGAGUUUGGGAAAGAGCUUCUGUUAAUAUUUUAGGUUUGUCAAGUGUUGCAACACAUCGUGUUUUUGACCAUGGUAUUGAUCUUUGUUGCAUGUGGACACCGAAGCGUCCAGUUUUGUACACUGUUUCUGCUAGAUUUAAUGAGAUCAGACUCAGACUCUACAACUGUGAAAGCAUGCACUGCAUGUUUUAUGGAUAUUUUGUUUUAAAGUGCACCUAUUAUGCUAUUUUAAAGAUUCCUGAUUUUGUUUAGGAUGUCUCCUACAAAAGGUUUACAUGCCAAGGUAUUAAAUACAUA